AUGACAAUGGACAUCGCCGCGGUAAAUGCCCUUCCUUACGAGGAUUUUGUAAAUAUUUUCGGUAAUGUGGUGGAGAAGUGCCCCAUUGUAACAGCUGCUGUGUGGUCGACGCGUCCCUUUGGGAACUUGACUGCUUUGGAGGCAGCAAUCAGUGAUUUCAUCGAUGCUCUCCCAGAAUCAGGUAAAGAAGGGAUCCUCAGGUGCCACCCGGACCUCGCGGGCAGGGACCUCCAGAUCGGCACCUUGACCCGGGAGUCGCGCGAGGAGCAGGCGGGCGCUGGAAUGGAUGCGCUGGACUCCGCGGAAGCGUCGCGCAUGGCCUGGCUCAACGGGGAGUACAAGAAGCGCUUCGGGUUCCCGUUUGUCAUCUGCGCCCGGAUGAACGACAAGGCAAACAUACUGCGGCAGCUGUCCGAGCGCUGCCGGAACGAGCGCGAGGUGGAGAGGGCGCGAGGCAUUCAGGAGGUGAAGAAGAUAUGCCGCCUGCGUCUCCAGGCUCUCGUGCUCCCUGACGCUCCCAACAAAUUAUGAACCUUGUUUGAGGUCAUACUGGAUUUCUCUUGCACCAGUUCAAUCACAUCUACGUUAAGACUGCCAUUG